AUGAAGAUCGUCGAAGCCGUCGACGUCCCCGUGACAACGCACACCCCCGAAUCGAGCUGGAUCUUCAACUGGACGACGGGCAAGACGUGGCCGGCGCCAGAGACGCCACAGACGCCGCCGCCGGAGUUCCUGGCGGAGCUGCAGAGGUAUACGGAGCAGUGGCAGAGCGUUUAUGGGCGGUUUGCUGGGCGGGCGGUUACGGAGAACGUGCCAGACGAGCUUACAGUCGGUACGACCGAGUGGUUUGUGGAGCACAAGUAUCCGCUAUUGCAUGCUACGCUCAUGCCGUCCCUGAUUGCUUGGGGGUAUGGGGAUGUCGACGAGCUUCCGAUUUUUUAUACCCUUAGCAUCUUUACACCUGCGGCUCUUACAGGGACUCGGCUGAGGGUUGACUUCCACGAGGUAUUCCAGCGGUGGUCUCGACAACUCGCCAGAUCAGAGAUCCGUCUGCGAAGUACAGUUGAACGCAUCGGUACGUACCACACCAAGUCCCAGCAUGCAUCAGUCAGGCCAAGGCAACAAACCAACAGGCCCGUCCUAGACCGCUCCGAAGAAGUCAUCACACUCCACUACACCUCGCCACAAAACACCCCCGCCCACCAAACCUGCUCGGAAGUAGUCCUCGCCUUCCCCCCAACCCUCUCCUCCCUCGCAACCGCCGGACUGAGCCUGUCCCCCGCCGAAGAGGCCGUCUUCUCCGACGUCCGCACAACAAACUACUUCUCCGCGGCGGUCAGACUCAACACCCCACCGUUAUCGUCCUUCCAAAUCGCGACGGAAACUCCCUUCUCCUCCCCCGACCUCAUGGGCCAACCCAUCUACGUCGAGGGCCAGUAUAACACCAGCGACAUCUCGCUGUUAUACGCCGUCGCCUCGCACGCGCAGUCUGUGGGAGAAGUCGGAAAGAUUAUAUUGCAAACCCUCUCGCGCAUAAACGGCAAUCCAGCAGAUAAUACCGAUAAUGGGGAAGAAGGAACGACCCCCGUGACAGGGCGCGACAUCAAAGCCUUCCGGCACCACGCGGACUACUUCCCGCAUUUCGAGGCCGAGGCGCUGCGCGGUGGGCUGUAUGAUUUGUUUAAUGGUCUGCAGGGGGAGGACAGGACGUAUUUUGCCUCUGGGUUGAAUCGGGUGGAGCAUGUGGAGUAUGUGGUAGUUGGGGCGAGGGAGGUUGUUCAGAGGUAUUUUUCGGCUUGA